UUUUGGACUGCGUUUGUACCACGAAAGACUUAAAUGCGGAACGAGUUCUUCAGUUGUUUACAAAUUGUCGUUAAGGGUGGUCCAUACUGCGUCGCGGUUGCCUUUUGUUGCCGGUUGUGGUUGAUUGUAUACAUACAUACUAUGCACAAAUCCAGUUCUCAUUUUAUUAUGCUACAAACUCUCUGCGAGUGCAUCAACUGGAAACCCACAAUCAGCAGCCAAACGCAACAUCUAAAACGGAUUCGUGGACUCGAACGGGCUUGAAUCGACCAAAAAACUCAUUUUUCACUCCUCAAAACGAAGGGAAAAUAACAAUAAUAAUGAUUUGCUCUAAAAAUACGCACUUUCUGUUGUGGCCGUUGCGUGCAAUAUGUGUUUUGCUUUUAGCAUCACAAUGGACAACUUGUGCCACAGUCGGAGUAGCUGGAGCAGUUGGAGCUGCUGGAGCGGCGGGUCUGCAAGGCGUGCCCACAUGGAUAUGUCUCGGCCUGAAGUCGCCGUUCAUCGAGUUUGGGAAGCAGGAGGAGCAGCUGGCCAACACGAGUGUGCCACUGAACAUUACCAAGGAUGAGACGGUGAAUAUGCACCAGGAGGGCCUCCGCAAGCUGGGCACGUUCAUCAAGCCCGUGGACCUGCGCGACUCGGAGACUGGGUUUGUGAAGGCCGACCUCACCAAGCGGCCGAACAUCACCUCGCGCCCCAUUCACCCGAUCCAGGAGGAGAUGGACCAGAAGCAGAUCAUCCUCCUCGACGAGGACACUGACGAGAACGGCCUGCCCGCCAGUCUGACCGACGAGGAUCGCAAGUUUAUCGUGCCCAUGGCCCUGAAGAACUCCUCCCCCGAUCCCCGCUGGGUGGUCACGGCCCCCACUCCGUCGUCGCUGCCCUUGAAGUCGACCAAGACCUUCGUGCCCCCCGACAUGCAACGUGUGCCCGCGCCAAUGGCCCAACUGGAGGCGGACCCCACCUCCAAUAUCGACGACUUGAAGAAGCACAUACUCUUCCUGCACAACAUGACGCAGACCAAUUCCAACUUUGAGUCGAAGUUCGUCAAGUUCCCCAGUCUGCAGAAGGACAAGGACAAAUCGUCGGCGGGCAGUUCACCCACGAACGCAAAGCGUCCCCAAAGGCCCAUCCAUCAGUAUUCUGCACCCAUUGCAGCGCCAACACGAAAGGUUCCGAAGGGGGCAGACACCCCGGGACAGCAGCCGAGUGGUGGCUACUACCAGAACGAGGAGACUGGGAAUAAUCAAUCCCAGCUCAAGACCACGGACACUUCUGUUGUGCUCGGCAACAGGGGCAAGGACAAUCCCAGUGAGCCCCAGGUGCUCUUGCUCAACGAAACAUUGUCCACGUCGACGCCCACGGCCGCCCUAGAACCAGUCCAGACCACGGUGAACGCUCCGAAGGCGGGCGCACCGCAGCGCACGACCAAGCGUCCUCCGUGCCUGCGCAAUCCCGAGUCCCCGAAAUGCAUUCGUCAGCGGCGGCGGGAGGAGCAACAGAGGCAGCGGGAACGGGACGAGUGGUUCCGAGGCCAAUCCGAGUAUAUACAGCCCCCAUUCCAGCCAUUCAUUCAGACAAUUAAUAACACUCGGAGAUUUGCCGUAUCCAUUGAGAUCCCCGACUCAUUCAAAGUACAUUCCUCUGAGGGAUCGGAUGGCAUACUGCUCUCGCGAGUGGAACGCUCGCAACCCGCAGGCGGACCCAGUAGAAAAACCAAGUCGGACUACUUCAAAGUGUCCAUGGAAAACCCGUCCGUAACGGACUAUUUUAAACACGACGUUGUGAUGGCAUCGGCAGAUGUCGGUGGAGCGUCCUCCCCAAACAAUGACAACUACAAUGUCACAACGAAUGCGAAUGCAUAUUUCGAAAGGAUUGAUCUCAAUCCGAGCAACUGCUAUGGCGCCUACGGCCUGAGCAACAGCCAGAAGAAGCAGUGUGUGAAGCACACCAGUGUUAUGCCAGCCAUAAGUCGCGGGGCCCGAGCGGCCAUCCAAGAAUGCCAGUUUCAAUUCAAGAACCGCCGCUGGAACUGCAGCACCACGAACGACGAGACCGUAUUUGGCCCGAUGACAAGCCUGGCCGCCCCCGAAAUGGCCUUUAUAUACGCCCUUGCCGCUGCCACCGCGACUAGCUUCAUAGCCCGUGCCUGUAGAGAUGGUCAACUGGCCUCCUGCAGUUGCUCGCGAGGACCGCGACCCAAGCAGCUGCACGACGAUUGGAAUUGGGGCGGAUGUGGCGAUAAUCUAGAGUUUGCGUACAAAUUUGCCACCGACUUUAUAGAUUCACGGGAGAAGGAGACCAAUCGAGAGACUCGCGGCGUGAAAAGAAAACGGGCACGCGAAGGGAUUAAGAAGAACCGAAGGCAGUCCGAUGACGUGAAUGGGGCCUUUGGGGCCUACAAGGAUGGGGUACUCUAUCGCAGCUCGUCCACGGCCAAGGCAAGGAGUCUCAUGAAUUUGCACAACAAUGAGGCCGGACGUCGGGCGGUGAUUAAGAAGACCCGCAUCACCUGCAAGUGCCACGGAGUGUCGGGAUCGUGCAGUCUAAUAACGUGCUGGCAGCAGUUGUCGUCCAUAAGGGAGAUCGGUGAUUAUUUGCGGGAGAAAUACGAAGAGGCUACGCAGGUCAAGAUAAACAAGCGCGGACGGCUCCAGUUGAAGGAUUUGCAGUUCAGGGUACCGACAGCACACGAUCUUAUCUAUUUGGAUGAAAGCCCCGACUGGUGUCGAUCGAGCCACAUGCUCCAUUGGCCGGGAACACACGGACGUUUAUGUCAGAAGAACUCAUCGGGAUUGGAAAGCUGUGCCAUACUUUGCUGUGGACGGGGCUAUAAUACGAAAAACAUUAUAGUUAAGGAACGCUGCAGUUGCAAAUUUCACUGGUGUUGCCAGGUUAAAUGCCAAGUUUGUACGAAGGUACUCGAGGAACACACAUGUAAAUAGAGCAUUUAAAAAGCGUUAAAACUGAAAUUUCUUAAUGUUUGUGACUAAGCCAUAAAAAAAUAAUUAUUUAUUGAAAUUACAUUUAGUAAUAAUGAUUGUAUUUAAUAAUUUUUACUAAUUUAUCGCCUUUUAAGCACUACCAAAAUAUGUUGAAGAAGAAUCGGCAUAAGACGCCGUAUUAAUUUGCAAAACAUAUUGCUUCUUAAAAUGCUAAGAAAAGGACACUGCUAAACAAACUAGUUUACUUAUGCAUAGUUUUUAGAUAUCAUUAGUUAUAAGUACAAUUCUGGUAGGGUUUGCAAUUCUUUUUAAAAAAAGCAAACAAUGUUGGUUUCAACAUCAUUUCAAGGAACUUUUAAGCAUUUUCAUCAAGAUAAUAUUAUUUUACGAAUGGAAUAAGUCAUCCCACUUCUCUAGCUUUAAUGGUUCCCGAGAUCCCUUUACAUAAAAACAGUUAAUAAUGCGUGUAUAGAUUUCUGACUUGGUAGUUAUCUAAAUAAAUCCAAUUUUAAACAA